AUGCCCCAGCUGCCGCCCGCGGGCGGCGACGACCUGGGCGCCCCGGACGAGCUGAUCCCCUUCCAGGACGAGGGCGACGAGCAGGACAAGGGCGCGGGGCGCGGCUCGGCCCACGGGGACCUGGACGAGCUCAAGUCCUCGCUGGUCCACGAGUCCGAGAACCGCCGCGCCAGCGCCUCGGGCUCCGACUCGGAGGCGGAGCGGCCGCCGCCGCAGCCCCGCGAAAGUUUCCAGAAGCCGCGGGACUAUCUCGCCGAAGUAGUGAGAAGACAGCAAGAUGGAGGUUUCUUUAAGGGGCCCCCAUAUCCAGGUUACCCCUUCCUGAUGAUCCCAGAGCUGGGCAGCCCCUACCUGCCCAACGGAGCCCUGUCCCCUGGCGGUGCUCGCACAUACCUGCAGAUGAAGUGGCCGCUUCUUGACGUUCCGGCUGGUGCUACGCUGAAAGACAGCAGAUCUCCAUCGCCCGCACACUUAUCGAACAAAGUGCCCGUGGUGCAGCACGCACAUCACAUGCACCCGCUGACCCCACUCAUCACGUACAGCAGCGACCACUUCUCCCCGGGCUCGCCUCCUUCCCACCUCUCACCAGAGAUUGAUCCAAAGACGGGAAUUCCACGACCACCUCACCCUUCAGAACUGUCUCCUUAUUACCCGCUGUCUCCUGGCGCUGUUGGCCAAAUCCCUCAUGCAUUGGGCUGGCUGGUACCACAGCAAGGACAGCCAGUGUACUCCAUUCCCCCCGGGGGAUUCAGGCACCCAUACCCUGCCCUAGCUAUGAAUGCCUCAAUGUCCAGUCUGAUGUCCAGUCGGUUUUCCCCCCACAUGGUCCCGCCUGCUGCGCAUGGCCUCCACCCUUCGGGAAUCCCACACCCCACCAUCGUCUCACCCAUUGUCAAACAGGAGCCCACGCAGGCCAGCAUGAGCCCCGGAGGGAAUUUGAAAUCCCCCGGCAGUGUGAAGAAAGAGGAGGAGAAAAAGCCCCACAUAAAGAAGCCGCUCAACGCGUUCAUGUUGUACAUGAAGGAGAUGCGGGCCAAGGUGGUGGCGGAGUGUACGCUGAAGGAGAGCGCGGCCAUCAACCAGAUCCUGGGACGAAGGUGGCAUUCGCUGUCACGUGAGGAACAAGCCAAGUACUACGAGCUAGCCCGGAAGGAGCGACAGCUUCAUUCACAGCUCUAUCCCACUUGGUCUGCGCGGGAUAACUAUGGGAAAAAGAAGAAGAGAAAGCGAGAGAAACAGCCCCAGCAGCAGAUCCAGGACACGGAGAGCUCUCUGGCCUCCAAGAGUAAAAAGCCAUGUGUGCAGUACCUGCCCAUUGAGAAACCCUGCGAUAGUCCUGCUUCCUCCCAUGGCAGCAUGUUGGAUUCGCCUGCCACCCCAUCAACAGCCUUGGCAUCGCCCGCUGCCCCAGCUGCCACCCACUCUGAACAAGCUCAGCCCCUCUCACUCACCACCAAACCGGAAGCCAGGGCCCAGCUGUCUCUCCAUUCAGCUGCUUUUCUGUCGAGUAAGGCUGCCGCCUCCUCCUCCAGCCUUAGCAGCCCGUCGCCUCUUCUCUCCAGACCCAUCCCGUUUGCCACAAUGACCCACACGGCUCUCUUGACCUCGCCGCCUUCCUUUCCAGCUGCCCUUCCUUCCCCGCAGGCUGCCCUGGCCGUGCUGCAGGCCCAGCCGCUCUCCCUGGUCACCAAGCCAGCUGACUAA